AUGAAUUUCAAGAGGUCGCAGCAAAAGAUGCUAUUUUAUUUAACUACUUUGAGUCUACAAAGAUUCAUCAAAGAAAGUGUUCCUGAGUUAGCAGAUUCUACUCCGAAAGAUGAACGCAUUAUGGUUAUUGAAGCUUGGAAGCAUUCUAAUUUCAUAUGCAAGAACUAUAUUCUGAAUGGGAUUCAUGAUGACUUUUACAAUGUGUACAGUAAUAUGAAAACUUCCAAAGACCUCUGGGAUGCUAUAGGAAAGAAGUAUAAGACGGAGGAUGCCGGAUUGAAGAAAUUCAUCCGUGGCAAAGUCUCUGGACUUCAAGAUGAUCUAGUGAUUAAUGAGGCCUUCCAAGUAGCUGCUAUAAUUGACAAGUUACCUCCUCUGUGGAAGGACUUCAAAAACAACUUAAAGCAUAAGUUAAAGGAGAUGUCCCUUGAAGAUCUCAUUGUAAGAUUGAGAAUUGAAAAGGAUAAUAAGGCUGCGGAAAAGAGGCCUCGUGGAAAUUCAACAAUAUUAGGAGCCAAUAUUGUUGAAUAUGGAAGGUCUAAAAAGAGAAAGGCAAACUCUGCACAGCAAAGUAGUCAACCUGAGAAGAAAUUCAAAGGUAGUUGCUUUAAUUGUGGAAAAAAUGGUCAUAGGGCUGCAAAUUGUAAGGCUCCCAAGAAAGUGAAGAAGAAAGAUCAAGCAAAUGUUGCUGAAUUUGAAGAUGAUGAUCUAUGA